AUAUUAGCGCCAUUGCAGAGAUUGGGAUACGCAAGCUGGGUUGGCAAUCUUCUGAUUGCUUAUUGUGAAUCUCAUGUAGUUUUUCGCGAUCUUUUCGUGAGUAAACGCGGUUGUGAGUUCUACUGGGUUUACUUCACUUUUGAUUUUCAAAAGUGUAGAUUUUUUUAAAUUGAUGUACAUUUGUGAUGAAAGUACAAGUGUAAAAACUCGCGAGUUUAGUGUGAAUACAGUGAAUAUAUCUGGGAAAUACUAUAAAAACACCAGUAACUAAUAGUCUGGAUGGAAUUUCUUGGUCAUUAAGAACUCCAAGGAAGUCUUCUAAAUCUAAGUUUGAUGACGCUCUCCAUUUUCUGACUUGAAGAUGGCUGUCGAGGGAAGAAUUUUUAUGGCGGUGUUGUUGAUAUGGGGGUUGAAAACCAACCAUGCAAAUGAAUUGGAUGCAUUUUUUAAUUUCGGAGUUCGCAUUCCGGACACAAAUCACUUCGAUUCGGAAUACGAUUUUAUAAUAAUUGGAGCUGGAUCGGCGGGAUCAGUUCUCGCUCAUCGUCUCAGUGAAGUAAGAAACUUCACAGUUCUUCUACUAGAAGCCGGCACUCAAGAAAAUUUCAUUACCGACGUACCUCUGACUGCGGCAUCAAAUGAAAUAACAAGAUACAAUUGGGGCUACAAAUCUGAACCCACCGCCAAUGCGUGUAAAGCACUAAAAGGAGGAGUUUGCAAUUGGCCUAAAGGUCGUGCUUUGGGAGGUUCGAGCGUCAUUAACUUUAUGGUCUAUGUUCGAGGACAGCAAAGCGACUUCAAUAGUUGGGCUGAGAUGGGGAAUCCUGGCUGGAGCUACAAAGAAGUCCUACCAUACUUCAAGAAAUCCGAAAAUAUGAAUGCUGACGACCUACCAAACUCACCUUUCCACGGUUACGAAGGACCGCUAGAUGUUGGAUACUCUAAAUACACUUCGAAACUGCUUGAUUCAUUCUUGAAAACUGGCUUGGAAUUUGGCUACAAUAUAACUGAUAUCAACUCAGACAGUCAACUAGGAUUCGAUAGGACCCAAGCGAACAUUAGGAAAGGUAAAAGAUGCAGUGCUGCUAAAGCUUUUCUGAACCCUAUCAUCAAUAGAAAGAAUAUUCACAUUUCGCAACGCUCAUGGGUCACUAAAAUAAUCAUAGACCCAGAAACAAAACGGGCCUUAGGAGUUGAAUUUUUGAAAAACAGAAAGAGGCGUCUGGUAAUGGCAAAAAAGGAAAUAAUUUUAUCCGCGGGUGCUGUAGGCUCCCCACAAAUUUUAAUGUUAUCGGGCGUAGGUCCAAAGGAAAAUCUUGAAAGUCUAAAUAUCUCCGUUAUACAGGAUUUGAAGGUCGGCUACAAUCUUCAGGACCAUGUUUCCGUCGCUGGACUUAUAUUUCCCGUAAGUCAACCAGUGACCAUUCUCGAGGAGAACAUAAUGAAUCCCGUAGAUUUUCUGAGUUAUUGGUUUAAGGAAGCUGGCCCUUACACUAGCCCAGCAGGAGCCGAUGCUAUAGCGCUAGUGAAAGUGAAUGGAACAACACUUCCCUCACAUGUACCUGAUAUCGAGAUUGUUUUAGGUGCUGGUUCAAUGUGUGGAGAUAAAUCAGGAAGCUUACGAAACCUGGUUGGUAUAUCGGAUGAAAUUUUUCAAAGGCUUUGUAAGGGAAUCAUUGGAAAGCAUGCUUUCGACCUGGUUCCUGUUCUUCAACACCCUAAAUCUCGCGGAAGAAUUUCCCUGCGGAGUAAAAAUCCCUUCCAUUGGCCUAUAAUGGAGCCAAAUUACUUAGACGAUCCCGAUGAUUUGGCCACGAUUGUCGAAGGCAUCAAACUGGCUAUUAAAAUUGGUGAAUCGAAAAGUUUUCGAAAAUUCAAAAGCAGGUUUAAUACGAACUCCCUGCCACAUUGCCAAGAUUUGGAUUUCCGGAGCGAUGAAUAUUGGAGAUGUUACGUACGAAAUAUUGCUUCCACAAUUCAACAUCAAUGCGGAACCUGCAAAAUGGGCCCCAAGACGGACCCUGAUGCUGUUGUAGACGCAGAGUUGAAAGUAUAUGGGAUUGAAGGCCUAAGAGUGGUCGAUGCAUCUAUAAUGCCAACGAUAACAGCAGGACACAUCAAUGCAGUAGUUUACAUGAUCGCAGAAAAGGCCUCCGAUAUGAUCAAAGCCUUUUGGCAGCAGUAGGGAAUUAUGAAAUUUUUACUGAAAAGGAUUGAGAGGGUCAAAAUUUGAUGAAAAGGCGUAUGUCCCAUUUUUGGUAAAAAGUAUUUUAUCGCUUGCAUGGACUGUAUUUCGGGAACUAACUCUUCUCCCCUUCAGUGCUUUACAUUUUUGUACCGAAGAAUGUAACAUGCUCAGAGAAGAAAUAAUUCUUUCCCGCUCCUGAAACGAAGAAUGUAGGCCAUUAACGGAGCAGUUGGUUCCCGAAAUACAGCUGCCAAAAAUGGAACAUUCCUUUCCUCUAAAUUUGAAAUGUUAGCUAAUAAAAGUAACCUCAGAUUUCAACCGCGAUUCAGGAGGUUUCUCAUUAUAAGUUGAUUUAAGAAUUUCAAGUCUAAUUUAACUAGUCUUAUAAAGUAGUAUAAGAAACUAAUUUAUUAUAAUAAACAGUCGAAUUCCAUAUUUUAUAUUAAAUAUAAUUAAAAAGAAUGUUCGA